CGAACAUCGAUUACGUACAGAUGUUUUAAAACCUAAUAGCAAGAAUGCAAUUCACUUUGUUAGUCGUCAUUUCAUCGCUCUUCAUAGUUCAUUCAGCUAACGCAAUAUUACUUCCAUUACUGGUCGGUGUCUUGAGUCAACAUCGACGUUUACAAGAGCCUCUUCCACCGCUAUCUUUCCUCCUUAUGCAACAUUACCUGUCGAGAAACGUAACAAUCCAGAAUGCGGUUCAUCUGGGCCGUUCUGCUCUUCAAGUGGUUUACACUGGUGGCCAACCGAACUAUGAUGCUGGACCAAUGCAAAGCAGCGGUUACGUCGAACUUCCCCUGACUACGUUUUACGAAGGUACUAUCGACGUGGACAUUGCUGCGGAGCGUAAUAACAGAAUCACAGAGCCGGAACGGGCCGCUGCUGCUGGCAUAGCAUUUCGAAUCCAAUCCAGCAGCGACCAGUACGAAUUAGUGUGUCUGAGAACGGCCAAUGGCAGGUUCAAUUUACCUCCGCCAUCGACCGAUCGUCUAGGAAGAGCAAUCCAGUAUACUUCGUUACCAAAAUGGACGGCCGGAACUUUGAGGGAUCAAUUUCCUGGACGAUAUGAAGCGGCCGCCAAAAUUGGGGAGAGACGAUGGAACCACGUCAGCAUAUCUGUGCGGAAUAAUACUCUUGGUGUAUACAUCGAUGGGCAUCCUACGCCUGUAAUUCAAUCAGAUCUUCUAGGUACGAAUGCGCGAGGUUCUUUCGCCUAUUGGGUUGAUGAUGGGACAAACGCCUAUUUUACCAAUUUAAGAAUCGUUGAAAUGUAA